CGUGGCAAAGUUAUUAAAUUACAAAUGGCUGCCGUUAAGAAGAGAGAUCCAAGUCAAGUAGCUAAAGGACGGAUCUGUACAUUAGUACAGCAAGAUAUAGACGAGCUUGGUAAGAUAGUAAAGUAUAUUAGGCAGAAUUCUAGCACUAGAGAGAUACUUUUGAAAGCAGCAAAGAAAACAUCAUCACAGGAGCACUCAAUGGAUAACACGUUAUCUAACUUAAGAACAAUAGAAAAGUCAUUAGAAAAAUCGCUACUACAGGCUGAUUAUGUAGGAAGAAGCAUGGAGGUAGCUACACAGACAAUGAAUCAAAUCUAUGACAUUAUUUAACUAUUUCAUUUUUAUUAAUUUUUAAUCUUUAUGUUAAAUGAAUUCGUUCAUGGGA